AUGAAGGCCAACGCAAUCUUCCUCGCCCUGUCUGGCCUGGCGAGUUUAUUAGCUCUGCCAAAGGGCACUGCCGGCCACGAAUUGGCCACGAGCAACCAAGAAAGCACUGUCGGUGGUCGCAAGCUGGCACAUAGAGCCAUCGAAGCCCAAGACUUGAGACCCCGGAUGCCAACCAAACGUGCGGGUGUAAAGCGACCUCCUGCACCCAAGAAGGCCGUACCAGCGAAGGCUGCACCCAAGAAGGCUGCCCCGAAGAAGGCUGCCCCGAAGAAGGCUGCCCCGAAGAAGGCCACGCCCAAGAAAGCUGCACCCAAGAAGGCUGCACCAAAGAAGACCGCGUCGAAGAAAGCUCCACCUAAGAAGACCGCUCCAGCAAAGGUCACGCCCAAGAAAACCACGCCCAAGAAAGCCGCACCCAAGAAAACCACACCCAAGAAGACUGCGCCGAAGAAGACUGCACUGAAGAAAGCCGCCCCUCCAAAGAAGGCUGCAGGCAACAAGAAGGCCGGCGGUGCCAAGAAGCCUGGAAACAAGAAUGCCGUUAAGGCCGCUGGUGCCAAGAAGGCCGCUGGUGCCAAGAAGGCCGCUGGCGCCAAGAAGGCCGCUGGCAACAAGAAGGCUGCUGGCAACAAGAAAGCUUCUGGCAAAAAGAAGGCUGUCGGUACUAAGAAGGCUGGCAACAAGAAUUCCGGCAGCAAGAAGACUGGUAGUGUCAACAAGUCUGGAAACAACAAGAAGGCUCCUAGCAACAAGAAAGCUUCUGGCAUCAAGAAGACCCCUACCAAGGCCGGAGCCAAGAAGGCCACUGGAAAUAAGAAGGCCGGCAGUAGGAAGACCGCCAACAAGAACGCAGCUGGGCGUAAGAAGGUCUCAGGUAACAAAAAAGCUGCUAGUAGCAAGAAGACUGGCAACAAGAAGGCUCCUAGCAACAAGAAGGCUUCUGGGAGCAAGAAGGCUUCUGGGGGCAAAAAGGUUGCCGGCAACAAGAAGACUGGUAAUAAGAAAGCCCCUAGCAACAAGGCUGGUGGUGUCAAGAACCCUGGAAACAAAAAGAAGGCUGUCAGUGCUAAGAAGGCCGGUAACAAGAAUGCGGCUGCUCGCAAUAAAUCCGGAAACAAGAAGACUGCCAACAAGAAGGCCGGCAGUAGGAAGACCGCCAACAAGAAGACCGCCAACAAGAAGACCGCCAACAAGAAUACAGCUGCUCGCAAAAAGGGCUUAGGGAACAAGAAAGCCACUGUCAAUACGAAAGCUGCUGGCAACAAGAAGACCCCUAGCAGCAAGAAGACUAGCAAUAAGAAGGCUUCUGGCCGUAAGAAGGCUGGCAACAAGAAUGCGGCUGCUCGCAAGAAGGUUCCAGGCAACAAGAAGGCUGUUGGCAAUAAGAAGUCUGGCAGUACUAAGAAGACUGGCAACAAGAACGCAGCUUCCCGCAAGAAAGCCGGCAAAAAGAAUACAGCUACUCACAAGAAGGCUGGCAAUAAAAACGCGGCUGCUCGUAAGAAAGCUGGAAACGAGAGAGCUGGUAAGAAGAAAGCUGGCAACAAGAAUGUAGCUGCUCGCAAGAAGGUCCAAGGCAACAAGAAGGCCGGCAACAGGAAAUCCAGUGCCAGGAAGAACGGAGCCGCUCCUGCUCGCAAUAAAGCUGGUAAUAGGAAAGCUGGCAACAAGAAAACCGGUGCUGGGAAGAGUGCAGCUGCUCGCAAGAAGGCUGGCAACAAAAAAGCAGCUUCUCAAAAGAAAGCCAAUCACAGGAAGACUGGCAACAGGAACGCUGGAAACAAGAACGCUAGCAACAAGAAAGCCAACAACAAGAAAGCCAACAACAAGAAAACUGGUGGCAAGAAAGCUAUCAAGGCGUUCUCGGCUCCCACUUCCACUAGUACCAAGGAGAAGACCCCUACUAAGACUGACGGCGAGGCAAAGAGCUGCUCUCUGCGAAGGCGCAAUGGCUCAGACGCUGGAUCGUCAGAUUGCGGUGGUAAUGGAGGCGGAGAUAGUGGUAAGAGGAAGGCCGCCGGGAGCGAGAGUUCUGGGAGCGAGAGUCCCGAGAGCAGCCAUAAGAGGCCGAAGACGGAAGAGAAACCCACGGAAGAGCAGAAACCUGACACGAAUCCUGACCGAGAAGAAAGGCCCGACCCUGCACUCAAUGCGAUUGGCUUAAGCCGGUCUGAGUACAAGGUCGAAGUAGGCAGUGAAGGCCCGUUCCGCGGAUUGAAUAAGCAGUGGAAGCAGUGGAGUGUCGAUCCUGCUGACAAGGGGAAAGAGACGUAUGGGGAGAAACCCAUUAUGCAGUACCAAACAUCAGUGACGGACCAAGGUGGAUAUUUCAACACCAAAUGGGUUGAGACAAAGGACCGAAACCUUCCUGAAGGCACGAACCGACGCAACAUGAUAAAAGAUGGCUGGAAAAAGGCCGGUGGCUCACCUGAUAAGCUUACGGCUUUGGGCGACAGCAAUAUCAUCAAUGACGACGUAAAGGAUUCUAUGCAUCAGGCGUUCGCUGAAAAGGGCAAAGACGCCGGCGUUCUCCCUUUGAAAGCCGCAUUCCAUCCUGGUAAGGCCGGAUGGAAUGAGAUUAAUAACAACCCCUUCCUCGGCGGUUACAAUAAGAUGCUGGACGAGAAUAAGGAUGAGUUCGGAAACGCCGAGGUUGGAACUGUCCAGGCGUCCAUUGAUGAAGAUGACAGCCACCAUCUUCUAACCAUACUGAAACGUCCGAAGCGUGACGCCUGA